UGUAUUAUUUUUGCACUAUUUAUUUCAGGAGGAGGUUGUUUAUGGUCGUUAUUCUGUUAAAUUCAGGUCAGGUAUGUGAAGACGUCCUCCGUCUCUGUGAAACCAACAGAGGUCAAGACAGGCAAAGACGCGAAUAUCCAGAUGUUUUCACUUCCUGGUCGGGGGGACCGGAAUAACCAGAAUAGCCGGAAACCACUCAGCAUACAUUCCCACUUGAACGUUUCGUUUCAGGCAGCGACAAGCGUCGGAAUUUCACCGGUCAUCAGACUUUAAACCGAAGUACACGGUACCUUCAAGGACGAGGCAGUACAGUCUCUCUCUCUCUCUCUCUCUCUCUCUCUCUCUCUCUCUCUGUCUCCCCCGCUCUUUGCUGAUUUCUGGAACGUUCCACCAUUCUUGUGGCUGGGGAGGGCCUGGUUUCCGACUGCUUUUCCAGCGCAGACAGCAGAGUCUUGGAGAGGACAGUGGACUCAAUGAGGGAGCCAGAGAGGGAGGAGCAGCCUGACGCCAGCAUGCCUCCCAAGUUCAAGCGGCACCUGAAUGACGACGAGGUCACUGGUUCCGUGCGCAGCGAGAGGAGGAAUCUUCUGGAGGAAGACUCUGAUGAAGAGGAAGACUUCUUCUUAAGAGGACCGACUGGGGCCAGAUUUGGUCCACAGAAUGACAAAGUUAGACAGGUGCAGUCUCAGGUUGAUGAGGUCAUCGAUGUGAUGCAAGAGAACAUCUCGAAGGUGAUUGAACGUGGAGAGCGUCUGGAUGACCUGCAGGACAAAUCUGAGAGCUUGUCGGACAACGCGUCCGCGUUUAGCAGUCGUGCCAAGCAGCUUCACAGGAGGAUGUGGUGGAGAGACAUGAAGUUGAAGAUGAUCGUGGCACUGGUGGUCGUCAUACUGCUGCUCAUUAUCAUUAUCCCAGUGAUACUGCGGUAUCGCUAGUCUCUAGCGGGGAGGUUGGAGGUUCAGCAUGUUCUUCCUCCCUCCUCCCUCCCUCCUCCUCCUCCUCUCUGUCAUUCCUCCACACCAGAAGAGGGCGCUGCAGGCCCACUGUAUGAACCUGCUCAAGCUUCAGGGUACCAUCAUCACACAGGGGCAGUGAAACGUGUGUGCGUGCGUGUUUGUGCAAAUGUUACGUUUACUCAUCCUGCACAGCGCCAGCGGCCCAUGUGAAGCAGUUACCAUGGCGAUUGGUGAGAUGAGUCCUGUUGCGCAGUGUUUUGUUUUCGUACUGCUCACAUGCACAUACUCUAGCUACACGGUAGCCUCUUCAUGCAGUCUUUGUACAUUGUAUAUACACUUAUUAUGAUAACUACAUGUUUGUUUGUUUUUUAUUUAAGAUGGGUCAAAUCUAGAACCAGUCUUUAAUCAGGUUUUGGUAUAUUCCUCUCCGUGUGACUAACCAGAGUUCAAACCGUCCUACUGAUGAGCAAAAGAGUGCCAGCACCUGGUCUACUCUGGUGUGGUCCCACAGUUCAGUAUAAUCGCUAAGUGAACUUUGUGAGGGUACAGGCCACCAUGCAGGAUAUGAUUUAACUCUACUGUGGCUGUGAUCUCAUCCUCAUUUGGCCUCAUUUCAUUAGAUUGUGAAACAAGAUAUUAGUCUUUCAGGUUCCUAUAUAGGAAAAAGUUUUAAAUGUUUGCUGCUAUUACCAUUUUCUCUGAAAAGGAAGUGCUUUUCGUUUACUUAUGUACAAACUUAAACUAUCAUGGUUAACUGUGCUGAGUUGUACUCUUUUGGAUUUAAUAGUUCAUUAAAGCCUUUUCUUUUAAAGAUUCUUUUUUUCGAAACAGUUCUUAUGAAGUGUGGUAAUUUUGCGAGCUCACUUUGUGACUCAGUGUUUUUAUUACCCAGGUUCAGGUGUAGGGCCUUUGAAACGUGAAUACUCUGAAUGGGUUUUACUGUUGCAGCACGAACUGAGGGGGAACUGUGGAAGCAGUAUUGAUGGAAGUGCCAGCUUGGCGUUUGCACAUAGUAAAGCAUUUUAUUAUGGCUUAUUUUUGUCUUUUAAGAAAAAAAUAAUUGUUGAACAGGUAGUCAGAUUUGUUUGGCCUCGGGAGAGAGUAAAUUUAAGUUGUUUAUGGUUUGAUCCAUUAUGAACAAGAAUGCCAACAUCGCCAGAUCUGUAAAUUUGUAUCAUGUUGUAUUGCUUUACUGAUAUUACCAUUAUUUUGUAUUUAAUCUAUAUGUAAAUAUCCACUCCUCAAAGAAGGUAACAAUGGAAUUGCAUUGGCAGACUGUGAAAUACUUUUGCGUUUUGAAAUAAAGUGAUUUUAAAGCAAA